CUUCCGGAUCAGAGGGGGUCGCCAUGGCGGUGCUGGCUUCCAACCCCAACAACCCCGUAGUCUUCUUCGAUGUCACCAUCGGCGGGCAGGAGGUGGGCCGCAUGAAGGUGGAGCUCUUCGCCGACGUGGUGCCCAAGACGGCCGAGAACUUCAGGCAAUUUUGCACGGGGGAAUUCAGGAAAGACGGUGUUCCCAUCGGUUACAAAGGCAGCACUUUUCACAGGGUUAUAAAGGACUUCAUGAUCCAAGGAGGCGAUUUUGUAAACGGAGAUGGCACUGGAGUGGCCAGCAUCUAUCGGGGACCCUUUGCCGACGAGAACUUCAAGCUGAAGCACUCAGCACCCGGCUUGCUCUCCAUGGCCAACAGCGGCCCCAGCACCAACGGCUGCCAGUUCUUCAUCACCUGCUCCAAGUGCGACUGGCUGGAUGGGAAACACGUGGUUUUCGGUAAAAUAAUUGAUGGGCUUCUAGUCAUGAGGAAAAUAGAG